GAAAAAGGCAUCACGCUAAAAGGCAACACGCAAAGAGGCAUAACGCAAAGACCCAACACGCAAAAAGGCAUAACACAAAGAGGUAUCACGCAAGGAGCCAACACGCAAAAAGAAAUAACGCAAAAAGGCAGUACGCAAAGAGGCAACACGCAAAAAAGCAUCACGCAAAAAGGCAGUACGCAAAGAGGCAUAACGCAAAAAGGCAACACGCAAAAAGGCAUCUCAAAAAAGGCAACUUGCAAAGGACAUCACGUGAGAAUUUUACUUAGGAUCCAGGCCUGGAUCUUAAACAGUAUUAUUUGGUACAUACUUCAAGCCAACCGAAGUGGUAUUCGAACGAGACAUUCCAUAUUGCUCACCUCGCGAAGUGCUUAUUCGGUACCUUAAGCGUGCCCUGAUUGAUAUAUUACAACAAAUCCAAAACGGAAUUGACAGCGAUUUCAUUUUUUUCCGGCUGAAAAACUUAAUUGAUUUACUUUUGAGAUCGGCACAUGUUUACCAAGAUGGCAGGAAAGGUUUUAGCGGUUCUUCGUGAAGCGUUAACAGCAGGGGAAAAUUGCCGUCAAUCUAAGGAUGAUCCCACCACAUGAGCGAUUGGUGUUGCCUUUUUGCGCUAUGCCUCUUUGCGUACUGCCUUUUUGCGUGAUGCCUUUUUGCGUGUUGCCUCUUUGCGUUAUGCCUUUUUGCGUUUUGGCUCUUUGCGUGUUGCCUUUUGCGUGAUGCCUCUUUGCGUUAUGCCUUUUGCGUGUUGCCUCUUUGCGUUAUGCCUCUUUGCGUGA